AUGCUAUCCACCACCAGUCUGCACCAUCCAAGCCUGCUCUCUUCAUUACUGCACGACGCUGUGUCGGAUUGCUUAUCGCAAAUGAACCUUGUUCUCGCGCCCGUGGACACGCACGCCAAGGAAGGGCGACCAUCAGUGCCUCCAGGUGGCCCCUCGCAUAUAUUUCACACCCGGUGGGCAGACCCGCUUACUGAUCAAGCGGAUGUCCUCCUCCAUGAAAACAAUCCCCGCGGGACUGCUUCCGGCCCAGGCUCCUCCUUCACGUCUUCUCUUUCCGUCUCAGGCACUCCCGAUUCAGCAACAUAA